UCUUACAGUAAACAACUUUAGUCUACUAGCUAGCUAGCAGUUGGUUUAGAAAACUAUGUUCACUCAAAAGUCUCCACCACCAGCUGCAGCCCCUCCACCGGCCGGUUAUGAUCAUCAGCCACCACCACCAGAUACUUCAGGUAUUUCGGUUUCACCUUUGAUGUCUUCGAGACCAUGGUCGAGUGGACUUUGUGAUUGUUGCCUGGAUAUCCCCACUUGUUGCUUAACAUGUUGGUGCCCUUGCAUUAUAUUUGGACAAAUUGCAGAGAUUGUAGACAAAGGAACUACUUCCUGUGGAGUACAUGGGACAAUCUACGCCGUGAUAAAUGCCUUUACCGGUUGUGGAUGUCUUUAUUCUUGCGUUAAUCGGACCAAGAUGAGGCGUCAAUACGGGUUGACUGAAGCUCCAACUAACGAUUGUUGCGUUCAUUUCUGUUGUGGGCCAUGUGCCUUGUGUCAAGAGUAUCGUGAGCUACAACACCACGGAUUUGACUUGUCAAUUGGAUGGCAAGGAAAUAUGGAUAGGAGGAGUAUGCACAACAAUGGAGUCCAAAUGCCACCUACGACUUACCCAGGAAUGAAUCGAUAAAUUAUUGGAAAAUAUAAUUACACUUUUUGGAUUAAGUAUAAGUUAACGAUUUUUAAUUAUGUGUGUGCAUGUC